AUGUACUCAAGACAUUGCGUCUAUGACUUGGCAUUCAAGCCUGAUGGUUCUGAACUUUUGGUCGCUGCUGAUAAUAAAGUGAUCAUAUAUGAUGGAAUUGAUGGUACACUGCUACAGGUGCUCAAAGGGCACAAAGACCUGGUCUAUGCCGUAGCAUGGUCCCACGACGGAGAGACGUUUGCUUCUGGUAGUGCGGAUAGAUCGGUUAUACUUUGGACAGAACAACAUGAGGGGACGUUGAAGUACAGCCAUUCGGAUGCAAUUCAAUGCUUGGCUUUUUCUCCAGUGACUUCGCUUCUUUUGAGCUGUGCCGUAGGCGAUUUUGGUUUAUGGUCCGCUGACGAGAAAAACGUUCAAAAACAACGAAUCACUGGCAGAUGUUCAUCAUGUGCUUGGAACCGAGAUGGAUCGCUUUUCGCUAUAGGAACACAUGAUGGCUUCGUGCACAUCAAAAAAGCCGGCAAUUUUCAAAGCGAUGAAUACGUAGCGAGAAUCGAAAGGCCUGGUGGUGAACCUGUGUGGGCACUUCGUUUCUGUGCUCCUCGAACUGUCGACGAUGCUUCGAGAAGAUUCUACGACAAUGAGCCUGCGUUGGAAGUGCUGGUGGUUACCGACUGGAGUCGCAAGGUUGGUUUCUACGAUUGCGAGGGUAAUUCGAUCAAAAGGGACGACAUGGAGUUGGACUACGAUCCAACUUGUGUGGAAUUUAUCCCUAGUGGACAAUUUUUGCUCAUUGGAGGAUCGGGACGACAAGUUACUCUACAUACAAGGAUGGGGACCGAGAUCGGUACGGUAGCCCAGAUGGACACAUGGGUAUGGUGUAUCCGUGUGAGACCCGUGUCAAAUCCAAGUACUGUAGUCGUUGGCUGUGUGGAUGGGACCAUUGCUUGUUAUAACCUAAUGUUCAGUACUAUACAUGGUCUGCAUAAGGAGAGAUACGCUUUCAGAGAUAACAUGACUGACGUUGUUGUUCAACACCUUAUUCAUCACACAAUGACCAGAAUUCGAUGCAAUGAUCUUGUCAAGAAAGUCGCUAUAUAUGGCCAUAAACUUGCUGUCCAACUCUCCGAUCGCUUGCACAUCUAUCGUCAGAUCAAAGGCGAUGGCGAUAGUGAACAGCUUGAAUAUACACUUUGUGAACGCAUAAAUAAAGCAUUUGACUGUUCGUUAUUGGUGGUCUGCUCGAACCAUCUAAUUCUAUGUGAUGAACGGCGAUUGCAGUGCUAUGACCACAAAGGGCUGAAACAGAGAGAGUGGCAACUUGAGUCCGCCAUCAGAUACAUUAAGGUAAUUGGAGGGCCACCAGGGCGAGAAACAAUUCUAAUUGGAUUACGCGAGGGACAGGUCUGCAAAUUAUUUGUGGACAAUCCAUUCCCUGUCCAAGUACUAAAGCUAAAUGGUCCCAUUAAAUGCAUUGACAUAAGCGUAACCAGGAGACAUAUUGCGGUUGUCGAUGACAGUGGGAUUUGUGUUGUUUUUGACGCAAAAACGAAGGAAGUUCUAUUUGAGGAGCCAAAUUGCAAUAGUGUAGCUUUCAACAACGAUAAUGAGGAUAUAAUAUGUUAUUCGGGAAAUUCCAAGCUAACAGUGAGAGCUCGUGGAUAUCCUGGGCAUCAGCAGAGAAUGUUUGGUUUUGUCGUCGGAUUUUCGGGUAAUAAAGUCUACUGCUUGCACAUUUAUGCUAUGCAAGCUAUUGAGGUUCCAUUUUCUAAUCAACUCUACCAAUAUAUUGAGAAUAAGGAAUAUCAAAAAGCCUACGAUCUUGCUUGCCUUGGGGUAACCAGCGAAGACUGGCAAAUUCUUGCUAAAGAUGCUAUCAUGAACCUCGAAUGUGACAUCGCUAAAAAGGCAUUUGCACGUUACAAAGACUACCGUAGUCUGCAACUUGUCGCUGAAAUUAAGGAGAUGCUAGCAGCAAAUGAGCCCGAAUACCUGAUUCGAGCGCAUGUUCUUUGCUACGAGGGCAAGUUCCAAGAAGCUGCGGCCCUUUAUCGAGCAAACGGUGAUGACAACCGGGCCAUGCAACUGUUUACGGAUCUCCGGAUGUUUGAUGAAGCUCAAGAAGUGAUGGCAAGCGCAUCUGGCGAGACACAACGCAUGCUUAUGCGAAAGCGCGCGGACUGGGCCAAAAAUUCAAAUCAACCAAAAGUUGCAGCCGAAAUGCUCAUUUCUAGUGGAGAUCUCGACAAAGCUGUUCAGCUGAUUACGGACAAUGACUGGAUGGAUCUGGCGAUAAACGUUAUGCGAAAACUAGAACGAAGUGACGUUGAUAGCCUUCGGCGACUUGCCACUUACUUCAUCAGAAAGUCCGAGUACAACUUAGCUGCUAGAAUCUAUGGAAACAUCAAUGAUAUAAAGGCCAUGGCCCAAAUGCAUGUGGCUGCGGGACAUUGGACGGAUGCUUUUGCUAUAGCCGACCGCUAUCCGAAGUACAUCGAGGAUGUGUAUUUGCCAUAUGCAAGGUACCUAGCUGAACGAGAUCAGUUUCUAGAGGCACAAAAAGCUUAUCACAAAGCUGGACGCGAUCAAGAGGCACUUCGAGUGCUCGUACAACUGACAGGCAAUGCGGUGGAUGAGAAUAGAUUUGCUGAUGCUGGAUAUUACCACUGGCUAUUGAGCAUGCAGUAUCUGGAAAGAUCCAAAGACAAUCCCUCACUCAUCCCGAAGUACUAUGCUAGUGCUAAACUUGCUGAAGUCUACUACGCAUAUCAUGCAAUCUUCUUAUACUGUAAUCAACCUUUCACCAGGCACAGCUCUGAAACGCUUCUGAAUAUGGCCAGGUACCUAGCAGCACAAGAACCUGUGCCAAAUAUCUCUCAAGUUCUCAUCAACUACACGAUGGCUCGAAUAGGUCGCGAACUUGGUGCGUACAAAUUAGCUCGUGACACUUUGGAUCGUUUGGGGAGUCUUCGGGUUCCACAGCGAUUACAAAGGGAUCUAGAGUUGAUGACCGUGAACAUUAGGGCCAAGCCAUUUUCGGAUGCUGAAGAUUUGUUACCUGUUUGUCACAGAUGUGGUCUGAACAAUCCGCUUACAUGUGGAAUGAAUUGUGUACAUUGUAAAACACCUUUCCAGUUCUCUUUUGCCACUUUUGAAAUUCUGCCUCUGAUUGAAUUCCUCAUCGAUGACGAUAUUCCGACAGAAGAAGCUGUGAGUCUGGUAGAGUCUGAACCACCUCUAUCGGAUUCGAACUUCAACCCUUUCCAAAACGUUGCGAAGAAAUCCGGGGAAAUUCGCCUAAAUCGCGAUGACCUGACUCGACUCGAAAAAGGUCAAGUAAUUAUUCUCCACUGGCCAGAACCCCUAAAAACUAAAUUCUUAUUCAAUCAAAUGCCUUCUAUCUCAGUAUCGAAAUGUCCAUCAUGCAACAAGGUAUUCCAUAGCGACGACUUCGAAAUGGCCGUCUUGCAAGAAGGGCAUUGUCCAUUUUGCCGUAGUGUGCAAGAACGCCCUGACAACCCCUAUGCCAUAGACGAACCAUAG